AUGGCCAACCCCUCGGUAGCCCUCGGCCAGACUAGCUGGCAUGGAGCCGGCGCGGCAGAGUUUGACUUGAGAAGUGACACAAUGACCAAACCCACUCCUUCAAUGCUCAACGCUAUCUGUCAGACCACGCUACUGGACGAUGUCUUCAAUGAGGACCCAACAACCAAUGAGUUACAAAGCUAUGUCGCCCAAAGAACCCAGCAUGAGGAUGCCCUGUUAGUGCUGUCGGGCACAAUGGGUAACCAGGUGGCCAUUCGCUCCCAUCUGACCCAGCCGCCUUAUGCUGUGCUCUGCGACCACAGGGCUCAUAUCAUCUGCUACGAGGCCGGCGGCGUCAGCCUGUGGACUGGUGCUACAGUACAGACAGUUGUACCGAAGAAUGGCAUUCACCUGACCUUGGAGGAUGUCAAGAAAUAUGCAGUACUCGACGACAACAUCCACCAUUGCCCGACAAAGCUGAUCAGCUUGGAAAAUACUCUAGAUGGGAUGGUGAUGCCGCUAGCAGAAGCUCGAAGGAUCGUUGAGUGGGCUCACGCAAAUGACAUCAAGGUGCAUUUAGAUGGUGCACGACUGUGGGAGGCUGUGGUGUCUGGGGCUGGAAGUCUCUCGGACUAUACCAGUCUGUUUGACAGUGUCAGUCUAUGCUUCUCCAAGGGGCUAGGAGCCCCCAUUGGAAGCAUCCUUGUCGGUUCCAAAGAGCUCAUCAAAAAGGCACGUUGGUUCCGCAAAUCAAUUGGCGGUGGUACACGCCAAAGUGGUGUCUUUGCCUCCGCCGCCAGGGUAGCCAUAGAUGAGACGUUCGGAACCGAUUCUCAUGGCAAGACUGGUCAGCUUUUUGGGACUCAUGAAAAGGCUAAGCGUAUUGGAGAGAUGUGGACCAGCCGUGGUGGUAAACUGCAGUAUCCAGUUCACACUAACAUGGUCUGGCUGGAUCUGGAGGCCUCUGGAGUAGGACCCAAUGACAUGGCCACGAUUGGCGAAGAGUUAGGAUUAAAGCUCCUUGGAGGACGUAUAGUAGUCCACUACCAGGUAUCGGACGAAGCAAUUUCUCGUCUCGAACGGGUGUUCGACACCGCAAUGAAGGGAGAUUUUCAGCGCAGUGAAGACCAAAGCAAGCCCUAUGGUAGCAGUAAGCCAUAG